UGUGUGUGUGUGUGUUAACGCGAGAGUUAAUUUUGGAGAAGGAAAAGAUUUUUACUUUAUAUAUUAGUCAUUAAUUUAUUACUUAGGUAAGUUUGAGGUUUUUAUAGCUAAACAUUUUAAAAAUUACUAAAUCACUUGGCUUCUCUGGUUUGCUUCGGCUUUCUGUAGUCUGUCUGCAAGUUAGAAAAGAAAGCUUUUUCUUUUUUGCAAGUUGUAAAGAAAGCUUUCUUCAAUUGAAAAAAUUAAGUUGGGAAGGGAAAUUAUUUUUAAUGCAUAAAGAAGUAAGCAGUUUUUCUUACGUACACAAUAUUAAUUUUAAAUAAAAACUGUACACAUUUUGCCAAAAUUGGGGUUAAGUGAUGCUGUUUAGGUUUAUAAGAAAUAUAUUUAUAAUUUAUACUCUCAAGUAUCCUCAAGAUAAUUUAUGUUAAUAGUUACUGUGAGACCAUCAUUUCAUAUUUAAUAUAAAUAUUUGGUAUGGAACCAGAAUUUACUUUUUUCUUUCACUGGUUUUUUUUGUAAUUGAAAAACUCAUGGAAAGAAAUUUUCCAAAGCCUCCGUCAAGGAAAUAGUUGUUGAAGAUAGGAACAAGUCUAAAUUUUAUGACUUAAACUGCUUUAAGAGCUAAUAUUUUUAGUAACUUCUAUUUACAGAGUCAGUCACAUAUAAUAAGCUGUGCAGGAUUUGACAGUUCUGGUGUGUAACUUUUAUUCAGAUCACUGACUAUGGCAUGUGUACUACAUGGAUUUUAGAGUUGGGUUAUUGUAAUUUAGAUAUUUAAAGUACAUUUUUUUGGUGGAUGGUGGUAACUUUUACAACAUAAAUGUUUACCUGAAACAGUUUAAUGAGACUUUAUUUGGUAUUUUAAAACCUUUUUUUAGAGGCCAGGUUAACAUUUAAAGGAACUUAAUGUAUAAUAAACAGUUUGCUACAGUUUCAAGGUUUUAUGCUUAUUUCAGAAUUCCGAUUUUGAGAUGUCAAAAACAUUAAAAUCAGGUACAGCGAGUAUAAUUCUGGUAUUUUUGAUGUCCUAGAAUAAGACGUUCUAGAUUUUUCAGGUAAAUUUGAAAGUUUCUUUCCCUUACCUGGGGGUAGGGGUGGCAAUAGAGAGAAUAAAAAUAGGUUAAUAUGAAUUAUUUUCAAAAUAUAUCCUUAUCUGCUAAUCUGUAAGGGCAGUAGCCCUUAACUGUAGAGUGAGGUGAGAAAGGACCUAAUUAGUGGUUUAGUUCUUCACACUUCGUAGUGAAAUUUCAUAUCAGAUAAACUGCAUGGGGAAAAAGAAAUCAGAUAGAAAGCUUAUUAAACUGGAAAUUACAUCAGAAAAUUAUACCAUCAACAGCACAGGAUUUUGUAUUAUGUUAACUUACUACUGACUUAGAAGGAAGAAUUUAUCAAGUGUUGCUUUGUUGGAAACUUGCUAAAUUCCUGUAGAGUUUUUCAUAUAUCUGUGUAGCCUUGACCCUGAUUUGUCAUAAACAUUGAAGGUUAUGGGCAUGGAGAUACCUUUUUUGUUUGUUUGUUUUAAUAGUAAUGAAUAAAAUGCACUUUCAGUUAUAUAGUUCUUUAACAUUACUAUUUGGGGACAAAAAUCCGAGUGUAUUUUUAUUGCAGUUUAGUUACAAGUAAGUAUAUAUUUUCAAACACUAACCUAUAAAAUAAUUGAUAUUAGAAAAACAUUCAGAUAUACGUUUUUUGUUAGUUAAACUAAAUGUGACAGAUUAAUUUAUGGAACCUGAAGAAUUUCUCAGUGAGCUUUUAAAAAUCUGAUUAUGCACUGCAAGCAAAGAAAUAAUGCGUUGUUGUACUAAAGAAGAUAGCAGCGUGAUUUUGAAAUAAGUGGAGAGGAAAGAGUUCCAGUGGAGUAAGUUCUAUAAGAAAAAACGUAUUGUGUUGCUGUAAGCAGCCCUCUGUUAACUUCACUGACUGCAUUCCUUUUUUGAUGCUGUAGAAACAGCAUUAAUGACAGAAACGAGAAAACCUCAAAAUUAAGGUUUAUGAAAAGUGUUUUUUUCAAUUUGCUGUUUUUUAGUGCAGACAGUAAUGUGAGAAGAUCCUAAGCUGUAAAAGUAAUGUUUGAUGUGUAAUAGUUUCAUACAUACUAAGCAUUAGCUUUUGUUAAGUAAACAUGCCAUUUCAAAAUAAAAUAUACUUUCAUUAUAUUCGUCCAAAUGUGACCUCUUUUUUUUUGUUGUUGUUGCGUGCAUCUCAGAUUUCUUUUUAUAAAUGUUAGCACUUAGAAAGAGAUAAGGUCAUAUGUAACAAAGUGUCAGCCUAAUCAUCAGUCAUAACUUUAUGUCCACAUUUUCUGGUAGAUGGAUUUUGACUAUUAAUUUGGUUUUGUAUGUUUUCUCUAUGUGAUAUUUGUGCAUUAUUAGAUGACUAGACUGGCCAAGGCAGACCUGUUACACUUGCCUGAGUUAGGCAUUGUUUGCCAUGCCACUAAACCUGCCGUCAAGUGAAACCUUCAUUGGGGAAAUGAAAUCGGAGUCUGAACCGCAGAAGAUGGACGCCCUGUCUCUGUUUUUUAUUGUUUUACUUUAAUUUCAUUUCUUUUUCUUUAUUUUGUCCCUUUUUUUUGUUGUUUUUGUUUUUGUUUUGUUAAAUCUCUUUCACUUUAACUUGUGAACUGGUUUUCCAGUUCUUUGUAAAUGAUAUUUCAUUAAAGGUUCAUAACAUUGUGUUGCAAAUUGUGUUGGGAGAUGAUUAGCAGAGCUCAACCUUAAGAUAAAGUAAAUUUUCAUGCAGCAAAUUAGAAUACAUUGUUUAGAAGCUCAGUGUGAGUCUUAAUUGGUGUUGAUAGACUGACUGAUCAGAUACAUUUUGUUCUUGAAACACUAAAACUGGUAAGAAUCUUAGGAACACUUUCUGAUGUCAGUUGCAGUUUCUUUCCUGGGUUUGCAUCUGUCAUAAAAAUUAGCUGGAUAGCUCCUAAUUUUUAUCCUUCCCUUUACAAUUUUAGGAAUACACAUUCAUUAAGGAAAGUAAAAAAAUUUCGUAUAAUAAUCCGAGGGUAGAGGAAAAGAGACUUACUAUACAAGAACUUAUUUCUCUCAUUUAUGAAGACUUUCAGCUGCUUACUUGGGGAAUGGAUACUUGAGAAGCUGUUAUUUAUUUGCACGUGUGUUUUUCUGUUUGCUUGAGCUUUUUGUUGACACAAAUCUUCAGAGGUCCCUAGCUUUUAAAUGGAUUCUGAGAUUCAGACUAGUACUUUCAUACUGUUUUUCUCUAAGUUGUCUUUGAGGAGAAUAGUUUGAGAAAAAUGCUAAAUGCUUAUUUGUUUCAUACUUCUAUACACUUUGAUAGUAUUUGGAGGUAAAUUUGAUACCUUGGAAAUUAGCAAUGGAACUUUUUUCUUUUUUAAAGUACCUUUAAUGGUGAUUAGAAAAAAGUAUUACUGUGUUUCUAGUUAGACUUAAAGAUUUAAAUAGUUUAUUACUAGGACAGGCAAACAACCUACUGAUACUUUAUUUAAGCCGUAAAUGAAAAACUGUAAUAUUAAGUAGUCAACUUUUUGCCUGUGUUGAAUACCUCUUGUUUGUUCUGUGGAUAGUUUUGCUUGUUAAUUGACAAGUAAUAUUAAAUUUAUAGCAUUACUAGAUAGGAACUAGACAUAAAUCGGGGUUACUACCUAAGCAUAGGGUUUGCACCUAAGAGUCUCAGUUAAUUUAUCAAGAUGUAUUCAGGUUUUGCAGAUUCGUCAUUUAAAAAAAAAAACUUCUUUAUAAACUGAUAAUCAGUUCUGAUAUCAGUAAGUAGAAUAGUAUAUAUGUGGGUAUAUAGAGAUACAUGUGCUAACGUUAGUAACUAAUUAAAUGAAUUAUUAUUUGAUGUCUUUAGUAAGGUCUACUGAUUAUCUUUAUGCAUGUUAAAAAAACUAUGCUUUUGCAGAAUUUACAUUGAAAUAACAAAGUAACUUUGUUUUUGAAGUUAGUUAAUUAAAGUACUAUAGACUUAGAUGUUGCAAAGCUUAGAAAAAAGUAGACAUUUGCUAAAGCUAAUUAACCAAGUUUUAUUCUGUUCCUAUAAAUAAGGCAUACCCAUUAUUUAAAGCAAGUUUUAAAUUAAAUCUGUCUUGAAUUCCAUCCAUGUUUAGAGAUAUAUUCAGAUGGUAUUGUUUAAAGGUUUAUCCCUGCACAUUUGGUGAUUUUAAAUAGGAUUUUUACCAUUAAAACCUAGCAUGGUGCUUUUAAAAAUUUACUCCAUAUGUUAUAAAUAGUUUAGCAUGAUUUUGUACGCUGUGUUUUAAAUUACUUUUAGAAAACUCAUAGUGAAAAUGUGUAGCCAACUACCAUAUGAGUAGUCCCUCUAAACUAUCUAUAGAUUGUCAAUUUUUUAAGAAAUACUUUUUUUGGGUAAGAUAUGAGGAGGAAAAAUAUGUGAAUGUUGUAGACCUUAUCAAAAGUAAUUGAUUAGAAUUCAGUAAUUAAAUAUGGCAAAUUGAAGUGCUUAUUUCAGAGUAUAUUUUUCAUUUUUUAGGUUAUAACAUUUUUUUCUUUUCUAAGAUUAGUGUUACUGUUACUGUUAUUAGCAGUUAAAAUGUUUAUAAACAAGAUGUUUAGGUGUUAACCACCCCUCUUCAGAUAAGUAUACAUAAGUCCAAGUCUAAAAUUUAACUUUUUAAGAAAGUACCUGAGAUUAGGGAACUUUUUUCAUUUGUUGUUAUUCUCAAAAAUUUUAGCAUUUAUCCAAGAUGUGUUUUCAGAAUGGGGUUCUUUGAAGCAUCUAUUAUGUUAUUGGUGAGCUGCUUUAUUAACUGAAUGGGUAUAGUCUUCCUUUUAAAUUGAAGGUGAUUCACGGAAUAGGUUUUUGUUUUUCUUCUGUCUACUGAAAUUAAAUGGAUUCCUUUGGAGGGUUAUCAAAAUUGUUUGCAUCACAAGUAGGUAGUUUCAGUAACAGGAUAGGGCACUCAUUAAGGAACAAAUUUCAAUUCGCACAUAUUUGUUUUUUCUUUUUCUUUUUUUUUUUUACUAAUUUGGUUAUUUGCCAUUUCUGGGGAUUAAACUUUAAAAAAUGUUCUUCUUUUCUGUAUCUGAUGUUCUGUGUGCUAUUAGUGAUGCAGCCAACACGAACGGUUGUCAUGUGUAACACAACUUUCGAUCACCGCGAAAACACCGUCCUGGGAAAGCGUCCAUGCUUGAUAUCGUUUGGUUCAUGAACAUUAAGUUUCCAGUACAGGUAAAAUCCCAGAGGAAUCCAAAGCCCUUUCUUUAUUGGCUCCUGCUCCAACCAUGACAAGUCUGAUGCCUGGUGCAGGGUUGCUUCCCAUACCAACCCCAAAUCCCUUGACUACCCUUGGUGUUUCACUUAGCAGUUUGGGAGCUAUACCAGCAGCAGCACUAGACCCCAACAUUACAACACUUGGAGAGAUACCACAGCCACCACUUAUGGGAAAUGUGGAUCCUUCCAAAAUUGAUGAAAUUAGGAGAACAGUCUAUGUUGGAAAUUUGAAUUCUCAGACAACGACAGCUGAUCAACUACUUGAAUUUUUUAAACAAGUUGGAGAAGUGAAGUUUGUACGGAUGGCAGGUGAUGAGACUCAGCCAACUCGGUUUGCUUUUGUGGAAUUUGCAGACCAAAAUUCUGUACCAAGGGCCCUUGCUUUUAAUGGAGUUAUGUUUGGAGACAGGCCACUGAAAAUAAAUCACUCCAACAAUGCAAUAGUAAAACCCCCUGAGAUGACACCUCAGGCUGCAGCUAAGGAGUUAGAAGAAGUUAUGAAGCGAGUACGAGAGGCUCAGUCAUUUAUCUCAGCAGCUAUUGAACCAGAGUCUGGAAAGAGCAAUGAAAGAAAAGGCGGUCGAUCUCGUUCCCACACUCGUUCAAAAUCCAGGUCUAGCUCAAAAUCCCAUUCUAGAAGGAAAAGAUCACAGUCAAAACACAGGAGUAGGUCCCAUAAUAGAUCACGUUCAAGACAGAAGGAUAGACGUAGAUCUAAGAGCCCGCAUAAAAAACGCUCUAAAUCGAGAGAGAGACGGAAGUCAAGGAGUCGUUCGCGUUCACGGGACAAGAGAAAAGACACUCGAGAAAAGAUCAAGGAAAAGGAAAGAGUGAAAGAAAAAGAUAGAGAAAAGGAAAGGGAAAAAGAGAGAGAGAGGGAAAAGGAACGUGAAAAAGAAAAGGAACGGGGUAAAAACAAAGAUAAAGACCGUGAUAAAGAACGGGAAAAGGAUCGGGAAAAAGACAAAGAAAAGGACAGAGAGAGAGAGCGGGAAAAAGAGCAUGAAAAAGAGCGAGACAAAGAGAAGGAAAAAGAACAGGACAAAGAGAAGGACCGAGAAAAGGACAAAUCCAGAGAAAUAGAUGAGAAAAGAAAGAAGGAUAAAAAAUCCAGAACACCACCCAGAAGUUACAAUGCAUCAAGAAGAUCUCGUAGUUCCAGCAGGGAAAGGCGUAGGAGGAGGAGCAGGAGUUCUUCCAGAUCACCUAGAACAUCAAAAACCAUAAAAAGGAAAUCUUCUAGGUCUCCAUCCCCUAGGAGCAGAAAUAAGAAAGAUAAAAAGAGAGAAAAAGAAAGGGACCACAUCAGUGAAAGAAGAGAGAGAGAACGUUCAGCCUCUACAAGAAAGAGUUCUAAUGACAGAGAUGGAAAGGAGAAGUUGGAGAAGAACAGUACCUCACUUAAAGAGAAAGAGCACAAUAAAGAACCAGAUUCAAGUGUAGGCAAAGAAGCAGAUGACAAGGAUGCCCCAAGGACUGAGGAAAACAAAGUACAGCAGAAUGGAAACUGUCAGCCAAAUGAAGAAAACCUCUCUGCUAAAACAGAAGUAGUAUAGGACUGACAAAUACACCUCUAAACUCAACGCUGGAUGAAAAUCCAAAGCUUCUAAUUCUCUCAACAAGAUGUAAACAGUGAAGAAAUCCAGUUGAACAUAUAGAUCUGAGCUAACAGCUGUUUUGGUUGUUAGGUGACUUUGUAGCCAUCUUGUUAACUGAGUAAGAAAGCAUGGACAUCAUGAAAAUAACAGAUGUUACCCAAACUUUUCAUCUUCUAAAAUCUGUGCAUUUCUGUGGUGGCUGACACACUUGUCAUGUGGUUUGUUAGUGUUUGCCAAGAACCAUUGCAAAUAAAUGGGACAUCAAAGAUCCAAAUUUGUACUAUCCAUAAAGACUGGAGAUAAGCAUUGGAGGCUCUUUCGAAAAAACGCUAGUUAUUUUGUAUUGUUUUACUUUUUUGAAAAUUUCAUUAUAUACAGUUUGAUGAUGUGCUUGAAAUCAGUGCAAAUAUAUACACACCCUUGUAAGUGCAAAGUAUGUAAGAAGUUUUAACAUUUACUUCACAGGAUUUACAGUGAUUGUGUUAAACUCUCACUAUUGUGUUUUCUUUUGCUCACUGUUUAGGAUAGCAGUUUUUCUUUAAAAUAGUUUUACAGAUUAAAAUUGCUUAAAUAUGUGGAUUAGAAAACAACUGACAAUGCAUGCUACUGUUCUAUUGCAAAAGGAAGAGCAACCGUGUUGAAUACUAAUAAUAAUGUAUUAGUAUUCAGUGUUUAGAAUCAUUGGGUCUCCCCACAGAGUGAGCAUUUCUAUUUGAACUUCCUUGACAUUUCCAAGCUUACUAUGAAUAAUAUUGCAGUGUGUCUUGUCAGCUGUAGGUGGCAAAGGUGCCCUUCUAGAAAGGAAACUGGGUUUUCAAAGUGCGCUAUGGGAGCACAAGCUGAAGCUUUAGUGCCUUCUAAAAUGUGGUAUACUGUUUUCUGAAAUUUUAUAUGUGCUAGUCAUUCUCAAUUCAUAUGGAACCUAGAUGGAUAUUCCAUUCACACCCAUAGAGAAGUGUGCAACUGACAUGUCAGAAGAGCUUACUUAGCUUACCUAAUAUGAGAGGGAAGUCUUGUUUUCAAGAAUGACUUUAGAGCUUGAAACAAAAAUGCAGUUUUGGGACCAUCAGUUUUAUACUGUGAUAAUUGAAAAUGAAGCACGUUCUUAUUUUUCUUAAAUCAGAGGAAACCUUUUAGUUAUCUACAUUGGAUGGCCUUAAUUAUUACCUCUAAAUCAUUUUCUUGUAAAUGAUGUGCAGAAAUUAUACCUAAAGGGAGGACUAGGAGUAUAUGUGAGGUUACUUGUUUUAUGUUUAAGAAUAUGUUUACUUGAGUUUAAAAUACAGGUCAUCCAUCCUUCUUAGGCUCACUUUUUGCAGAAAGUAUGUAAGUGGUAAAAUGACAACAUUGCCAGUGUUUUUCCUCAAAACUAUAACUCAUGGUUUCAGAACUCUUUUCAUUAUUGUUAUAUUACCGAAAAAGUAGUAUCUUUUAAUUAGCGUGUUGUUAAAAAAAAAUCAAGUAUAAUUAUUUUAAUGCAACCUAAUACAAUCAGAUUACUCAGUUGCCUUACCUCAUGGGAAUAGUUACUUUUAUAGAUUUAAAAAGCUGAGUAGUAUGUUAGUUACUUGGUUUCAACUUGAUUUUUCAUUUAAUGUUAAUACUAUUGAAACUUAAGUGUUUAAUGGAGAAUGGGGAGAAUUGUCCUUAUUGCAAUGAAGCCUGGUUUGAUUAUGAAGCUGCUUAAUCACUCGUGUGUUCAGAAUUACUGUGUUUUUUUUUUUUUUGUCACUGUAUACAUUAAAAUUUUGGAAAAUGCUUUACUAUGUAAAGUAUAGACGGUCAUUUUAAUCAUUCAACCACAUGCGGUUGGCUAGUAAACAGCUUAUUCUGAUACAAGAAUGCUUGGAUGCAUAUGGAAAGAUUGUGAAGGAGUGUGUGUCUUGCAUCAAUAGCUAUCUUAUUUAUGAUAUGUAAGUAGAAUAGAGAAAAUGUUGUUUGAAUCUUUGUUAUUUUUAGUACCAUUUCUUUAAUAAAGCUAAGUAUUUUAGAGGAAA